AUGCAGCCCUGCUUCACUCCGUUGGUCACUGCGAAUGCCUCUGCGACAAUUCCAUUUUCUGCCAUCGUGGAGCUGAAUUACCGUCUGAGUGAAUCGCUCGAGACAGCCGAAUUUCUGUAUGAUUUUCUACAGUUCUUCGCGAUUCACCUUGUCAAAGGCUUUCUUCAGAUCCACGAAGGUAGAGUAGAGGUGGGUCCGCAUCUCCUGGCACUUUUCCUGAAGUUGGCGGCCGGCGAAGAUCAUGCCAGUGGUCACACGACGACGGCGGAAGCCGCAUUGGCUUUCCGACAGGAGAUCUUGUUCCAGAUGGUGGUUGAGGCGGUUAAGAAGAGUACGGACGAAGAUUUUUUCGGCGACGUUCAGCAAGAAGAUGCCUCCAUGGUUGUCUUAGAGCUGACGGUUACCUUUCCGAUUAUAGAGAUGGACGAUUAUGGUGUCCUUGAAAUACUGCGGGACUUCUCCUUGACGUCACAUCUCCUGGAAGAGCGCCGUCAGAUGAUCCACAAGUUGGGGGCCGCCAUGCUUGCUGAUCGAAGCAGGGAUCGCGUCCGAUCCGGACGCUUUCCCGCUGGAGAGCUGUUGCACAGCCUUGAUUUCGCGGAGAGAGGGCGGGAGGCCGAGGUUGACGUUGGUCUCUGCAGCGUAUCCUGCCCGGGCCGUCAGGACAUCAUGCCACAAACGCCUGACAAGCGAACGAUCAAGGUCAUGGCCCCCUGUUCACACCGUCUUUGUGCUGAUUGGCCACCCAUCAGCCUAUGA